UAUCUGGUUCAAUCUGUGGUACUGUAUCUUUGCUUACACUUCCUGGUACCAGGCGCAAGCGUACAACAGUGAAGAAUGCGGACUUCGUCGCACACUGGAUACAGGACGCGGGUAGGAAGGCUAGAAAAGGAAAAUUAUGUUGAAAACACAUACACAGCCCCCGUCCUCGUCGGUGAUUACGAUCACCGGUGGACCUUCCUCCUCCUCGCCCGCAGGAGGCACGACGUCUCCGCCAACGUCCUGCACGUACAGCCUGAGAAACGUCAACACUACACGUAUCUGAAGGAGUUCAGGACAGAACAGUGUCCUCUGUUCGUGCAGCACAAGUGUACCCAGCACCGACCCUUUUCCUGCUUCCAUUGGCACUUCCUGAACCAGCGGCGCCGCAGACCCAUCCGCAGGCGGGACGGAACCUUCAACUACAGUCCAGACGUCUACUGUACCAAACACACGAGAGCACCGGCACCUGCCCUGAUGCGGACGAAUGUCCGUUUCUGCAUGGUAAGGCGGUAUCACCUGAGGUACUAUAAGACGGGCUCCUGUAUCCACGAGACGGACGGGAAGGGCCACUGCGGUAGAACGGCUCCCACUGCGCCUUCGCACACGGAUCACAUGACCUCGAUGUCCCGUCUGACGUCGGGUAGAGUGGAGACGUCAUACAAAUAUAAUGACCCAAAGUCGGAGACGGGGUCUCUCAAUCUUGUAGUCUAG